AGCAUGAUAUAUACAUCUGAUGUAUGACAUUGACUACUGUUAGGGACUCUUUUGCCGUAUCGGCGGCACAGGUGUAAUGAUGGCUCACGGCAAGCAAGCAACAAGUGUUGUGUUGUUGAACUGACAAAACUAACAUCGCUAUAUAUAUAUAUUAUAUUAUAUUAUAUAUGUAUAUACCAUGCACAUAUAUAUAUAUAUAUAUUAUAGAGUUGUAUUUGUUUAACAAAAACAAAGGAACGGACAUGGCAGGGAGAAUCAGUUGCUGUCUGAAUCUUCCCCUUCCAAACACCAACUCUUCACAGUUAUCCAAACCCUUCUUUUGGAGGAGAACAGAGGAAGAGAUCAAGCCACGGAAGAAGACCUCUGAUUGUUGUCUCGUGGGCUUCGCCGCCUUCGUUAUGAUCUCUGCUACGCCGUUAAGCCACGUGACGGCGGCUUCUGCGUCGGAGACGGCGGUCGUGGGAUCACCGGUGACGGCGACGAGGUGGAGCGAGAAGAGGGCAUGCCCUCCUUGGCUCCAGAACUCACUAGAGACCAUCGUGCCGGAGAAUCUUCCCCGGCCGUCGACUCGCCGGCGUUGGGAGUCCGUCGGGGCGCACGUAUCCCACGCGCCGCGGGUGGGUGCGUUUGUUACACGCGCCAACAAGGCUGAUUGUUUCUCCAUGUAAAUUUUGAGGGGGGGGGAAUCAAGCCAAUAUAUAUAGUUGUUUACUGUAUAAUUUAGGGAUAUACAUCUUAACCACACUGUAAUUAUCAGAAGAAAAAAAAAUUGUGAAACCAAUUACUGUAAUAAAAUAAAUUAGUUAAAAGUGAAA